AUGCCCCUCCGCCGCAGGCCCGAUGCCCCUCCGCCGCGGAUGCCGUGUCGGCCCGAUGCCCCUCCGCCGCGGAUGCCGUGUCGGCCCGAUGCCCCUCCGCCGCAGGCCCGAUGCCCCUCUGCCGCGGAUGCCGUGUCGGCCCGAUGCCCCUCCGCCGCGGAUGCCGUGUCGGCCCGAUGCCCCUCCGCCGCAGGCCCGAUGCCCCUCCGCCGCGGAUGCCGUGUCGGCCCGAUGCCCCUCCGCCGCAGGCCCGAUGCUCCUCCGCCGCGGAUGCCGUGUCGGCCCGAUGCCCCUCCGCCGCAGGCCCGAUGCCCCUCCGCCGCGGAUGCCGUGUCGGCCCGAUGCCCCUCCGCCGCAGGCCCGAUGCCCCUCUGCCGUGGAUGCCGUGUCAGCCCGAUGCCCCUCCGCCGCGGAUGCCGUGUCGGCCCGAUGCCCCUCCGCCGCGGAUGCCGUGUCGGCCCGAUGCCCCUCCGCCGCAGGCCCGAUGCCCCUCCGCUGCGGAUGCCGUGUCGGCCCGAUGCCCCUCCGCCGCAGGCCCGAUGCCCCUCCGCCGCGGAUGCCGUGUCGGCCCGAUGCCCCUCCGCCGCAGGCCCGAUGCCCCUCCGCUGCGGAUGCCGUGUCGGCCCGAUGCCCCUCCGCCGCAGGCCCGAUGCCCCUCUGCCGUGGAUGCCGUGUCAGCCCGAUGCCCCUCCGCCGCGGAUGCCGUGUCGGCCCGAUGCCCCUCCGCCGCAGGCCCGAUGCCCCUCUGCCGCGGAUGCCGUGUCGGCCCGAUGCCCCUCCGCCGCAGGCCCGAUGCCCCCGCAGCAGAUGCCGUGUCGGCCCGAUGCCCCUCCGCCGCAGGCCCGAUGCCCCUCUGCCGCGGAUGCCGUGUCGGCCCGAUGCCCCUCCGCCGCAGGCCCGAUGCCCCCGCAGCAGAUGCCGUGUCGGCCCGAUGCCCCUCCGCCGCAGGCCCGAUGCCCCUCCGCCGCGGAUGCCGUGUCGGCCCGCUCGGGGCGGCCGCGGCUCCCGCUGCGCUGGCCGGCGCCUGCAGGCCUCGGUGGUCCUCGCGGGGAGAAGCAGCCUCUGCGCGAGGGGAAACGAGUAAAAUUUUACAGAGCUGGAGCAAAGUUACUCCCUUACCUGUGUGGUCACGGUUGGCGAUCAAGUUGUCAGCAAGAGCGACACUUGGUUUGGAAAAGCCGAAUUUCACAAUAA